AUGUGCCGUCAGCCCCCGCACCAUCUGCUAGAUCUUCUCGACAGCAAGGGUCGUCCCUCAACACCCCAAGUAUCAGGCUCAGGAACGCCAAGAACACCCUCUACCAGCACCCAAAUCUCCCACCCAGCACACAAACUCUUAACCCGCGCCCACCCAUCAUCCCCAGAAACAGCCACCAAGAUCUUUACCGACAAGAUCCUAAACAAACCACUUCUCCUCUCAGCCUCCACAGAACACGCCGACGAACGCGCUUUACGACGCCACAUCCGGGACCGCAAAAAGGCGUAUGCGAGGAACCAUGCCCGUCCCAAGCCUCUUUCUGCACGAGAGAAGCGUGAGUUGAAGCUGUACGAGUUGAGACCGGAGAAUUGCCGGUACGAGGUCUAUGUGGGCCUGAAUCAGCUGUGGACGCGGUAUAUUCUUGAGGUGCUGGGGUAUUUGGAUCGUGACGGGGCGGUUGUGAAGGGGAGAGUGGGGAUUGUGGCUGUGGCGAAUGGUGCUGGCAGUUUGAUGGCGAGUGCGGAUUAUCAUGGGAUGGUGGUUGAGGUUGUGAGGAGUAAGGAUGUGGGGAGGGUGGGGGUCAAGGGGAUUGUGGUGAGGGAGACGAGGAGUACAUUUACUGUUGUGAUGGAUGAGAGGGAGGAUAGGCAGAGGCAGAAGCCUGGAGCUCCGAAUGAGGCAGCAGAUGGACCGAACAUGCAGAGGGACAAGGUUAGAAUGAUCUUGAAGAAGGGGAGUGUAUUUCGCGUCGCGAUCGAUUUGCCAAGUGAGCAGUAUGGACCAACACGAACUUCCGAUACUGCCGAAAAGAGCGCUGAGCUCACUGGACCAACAGACAAUGCUGGAAGCAGGCGACAACUAGUCUUCGAGUUACAUGGCGACCAGCUUGAAAUUCGACCAAUCGAGCGCGCGGUCAAAAAGUUUAAGUGGAAGCCAAUGGAUUAUCUCUAG